AUCGAUUUGUAGCUCUUGCGGAAAAGGCAAAGCACUUCUAUGUUGGGGAAUGUUAUGCCCUUAACAAUGUUUAUUGUCGUCAAAUCAGAGCGUAUUUCGUUUAUUUUGAGUCUCUGUUCGCCAUUAGUGCAUUUAUUUCCAGGUUUCCGCACGUUUCAUAGGCAAAAUUUCGUGAAAGGCACCCAUGCUGAUAUGAUAUGGAUUUUCAAGAUGACGCAGACAUUCUGUCACGUCUUGGAAUACUAGAUUCAAAAGAAGAAAGUCCUCGUAAGCAUCUCUAUUCGCCUAAAAAAGCAGAUGUAUCAUCAGAAAGAGAUCGAUUUGUUGAAGUCAAUAUUGAUGGCGAAGUCGACACGAGGACCGAUUCUGACGAGGAGCCAGUUUUUGAUAGAAAUUCUUUAUUGUCCCCGAAUAAAGGUGUGAAAGUGUAUAGAAGGAGGAAUGAAUCGUAUACCUGUGUCUACUUAGUCCUUCUGCUAAUCUAUGCUGCCGUGGGAGCUAGCUAUCCUUUAGCAUGGGCCGGAUUCCAGUUCGACAAGAAAAUACCCUUCUCAUUUCUACUUGAAAACAAUGUCGGCUUACUGAUCGGCUGUUUGACUGGCAAGCUUUUAUGUCGACGUUUGAGCCUCGUUUUCCUCUCGUUUUUGGCCUCGGUAUCCUUAUGCGGUGUCUCUUGGAUUAUUUCUGUGCUUCCGGGAUUGAUUGAUGCAAAAAUUAUCUGCAUACUGCUUGGCUUUGUCUCAGGGAAUAUCUUAUACGUUGGACUCGCCGUUUUCUUGAUAUAUUGGCGUGGUUUUAACAGGAAGGCACUUUUCCUUUAUGUACUCAUCACAGUUGGAUCUUCCAUUAUUCUUGUCACACAUAAUCAGCCCGGUCUCACUCCAGAAACAUCUGCUUCGCUUUCACCCAUUCUUAUUCGUCAUAAGCGGCAGACGGACUUGUCUACGGCAUCUCCGGAUGUUGUGAUCAACAAGGUCAACAAUAUAAUAGACCAACCGCCUUCGAACGGCACGAUGGUAACGAGACCAAAAAAACCUCAGGUUGCCGAAGGAAUUAAAGCAGUAGAGACGAAAUCAGACCAAAAUAAGCAGAUGCGGAAAGCGAUCGCUUUGAACAAAACGACUAGGCCUCCCAAUGUCACGUCCUCCUAUAAUUUGACAACUACGUCGCCCUCGAAUAACGCAUCUCGGGCUGUCACCACCGCUUUACCAAGUACGACGACGUCAGCUACUACAACGAAAAGAGCUACGCAGACUUCCCUCCAACUCGCACGUUUACAAAGCAGUUUUUCUACUUCUGCCAUCCCCACACCUAGUCCUGUCGCAGCCGUGCCUCUUUCUCAAUCAAAUGUCUGGGCCACAACCGUUCUCACUACUAUUGCUGUCGUCUUUUAUGUCUUGACGACAGUUUUUUGCUGCAUACCGUGCAGCUUGAGUAGCGAUCUCAAGUUUACUAGGUUAUUCGAUCCGUCUAUUGCUGGGCUUACCGCUGGAUGCAGAAUUCGCCUUGCAUCUUUACAAGCAAUUGCCUCGUUCCUGGAAGGCCUCGUAGAAUUGAUUGCUGUGAUGUUUACUGCGCAGCGGAGCGGUAAUCUUCUUCUCAUACACUAUGUCGUGGUUACUCUGACAAGGAUUACUGUAAUGAUACUUGGGCCUAUCGCAUACUCUCUCAAUGGAUGUUGCGUAGUUCUGUUUUUUUCUGUGCUAGGAAGUGUGCUACUUAUGAUGAAGUUGGCGAGUUUAUAUGUUGGACUCGUUUUCCUAUCAGGAAGCAUGGGAACAUUCGCUUUGAUGGUGUUUCUCUAUAUUGAGAUGUGCGUUAGCCCACGUGCUGGUACUCAAUUAGAUUACUUCAUGUUUCCAAUGAUGGUUGGACGUCUCUUGAGUUCUGCUCUAGCCACGUUGAUGCCAUCCAUAGGCGCAGAUCAAAUUAUCAUUGUCAUUCUACUUGUCAACGCACCUCUUAUUGUGUUAUUUACGCUUCUCGUGAAAUCGCUUCGGAAGGCGGCCAGGCUCAAAGAGAUCAUGGAGUACUCAAGCUCUCCGGUAUUAGAAGCUAUUGGAGAGUAUGUAUCUCUGGUGGAGAGGGACGCGGAUACUGAUUCUGCUGAAGAAGACGACAGCCAUGACAUUGCGGGUGAACUCAUCUUCCGAAAUAACUAUCGAGAGAGUGAGGUGAAACCGUCCGUCUUCCGCUGUAUUAGUAUUGGCAUAGGAACUUUUAUGGCCCGGGCCGUGCCUUUAUGGAGUUGUUUUCGCAAAAACUUUAUUGGAGACGACGGAAGGGAGGAUAUGUGAUCUUGUUUCUGUGUAUGUUUUGGGCUGGUCUAAUCAUAUGAAUGACAAGCUUUGAUUGCGC